GCAGAUUGUGUGGGUCUUUUUCUACGUUCUCUAUUUUGUUCCACUGAUUUGUGUGUCCAUUCCUCUGCUAGUAACACACAAUCUUGAUUACUGUAGCUAUAAAACAAUACUUGAAAUAGGGCAGACUGAUUUUCACUCACUUUAUUCUUCUUUUUCAAGAAUGUUUUAGGCGUCGGCGUCGCUCCCGCCCUGGAGCUCUAGGCCCGCUUUUCCCCGCUUGGGUCUGGCGUCGGGGUCAUUGUGUCUUGACAACCGCUCCGGUACCCCUUUCCGAGGCAGCAGGUGCGGCCGCUUUAGCCUUGAGCGGGCUCCGCGUCUGCCUGCUGGUCUCUGCUAGUGCCGACCCUUCUCUUCGCGGACCCCACGCCAAGCAGCGACCCUGAGCCGACAGGCGGAGCACCCAGCAAUGGCGGCCUCCACGGCCUCGCAACGGCCCCUCAAGGGGAUCCUGAAGGACAAGACCUCUACGACUUCCUCUAUGGUGGCGUCGGCCCAACAGCCCCGUGGGAGUGUCCACGAGCAGCUGAGCAAAAAAUCCCAGAAGUGGGAUGAAAUGAACAUGCUGGCGACAUAUCGUCCAGCAGACAAAGACUAUGGUUUAAUGAAAAUGGAUGAACCAAGCACUCCUUACCAUAGUACGAUGGGUGAUGAUGAAGAUGCAUGUAGUGAUACAGAAACCACUGAAGCUAUGGCAACAGAUAGCUUGGCUAAGAACUUAGCUGCUGCUGAAGGCUUGGAGCCAAAGUAUCAGGUUCAGGAACAAGAAAGCAGUGGAGAGGAGGAUAGUGACCUCUCACCUGAAGAACGAGAAAAAAAGCGACAAUUUGAAAUGAAAAGGACGCUUCACUACAAUGAAGGACUCAAUAUCAAACUAGCUAGACAAUUAAUUUCAAAAGACCUACACGAUGAUGACGAAGUUGAAGAAAUGUUAGAGACUGCACAUGGAGAAAGCAGGAAUACGGAAGAAUCAAAUCAAGGAUCUACUGCAAGUGACCAACAGCAAAAUAAAUCACGAAGUUCAUAGAAGAGAUUUGUUCAACACUCUAAUUGUUUGUUAGAUAUGAACCCCGUUGCUAUAACACAUUGCUUCUCGUUCUCCACAAGUCAUGACUUAAGUACCAAAAUGCAUACCAGUUAUUAUAUAUUGCCAAGAAUUAAAUGAAAACCUUAAAGACUGAUUAGACUGAAAAUGCCUAAUUGAUAUAUAUAUUCUUGCGCCUAGUACUUUUACCACAAAUACGGUGUAAUAUCAUCAGUCCAAAACUGUAUUACUUUUGUAAAAACACUGGUUAAUUUGUAUAUUAUAUAGCUUUUCAUGCUUUAGAGGUUAAACAAUAUCUUUGGGGGGGAACUAAUUUAUUUUCAUCACUCUAAAUGUGGUGAUAGCUCUUAUAAAGUUUGUUGACUUUUUUUUUUAACCAAAAGCCAAUUGAACAACAGGAUAUAUAUGCUGAUAAAUAUUCAGGCUGAAUAGUAUUUUAACACUUGUCUUCAACUUGAUUUGUCUGUUUAAUUGAAAAGGAUUGUGACCUGGCGCGGUGGCUCACGCCUGUAAUCCCAGCACUUUGGGAGGCCGAGGCGGGUGGAUCACGAGGUCAGGAGAUCGAGACCAUCCUGACUACCACGGUGAAACCCCGUCUCUACUAAAAAAAAAAAAAUACAAAAAACUAGCCAGGCGUGGUGGCGGGCGCCUGUAGUCCCAGCUACUCGGGAGGCUGAGGACGGAGAAUGGCGUGAA